AUGGCGGUCGAGAUCGUUGACCUCUGCUCAAGCGAUGAGGAAUCCCCUCGGAAGGCAGCAGAAGGUGCGCUUGCUGGUUUCAAGCCACGGAAAAAUAAGAUCACGAAACUCGUCAGUACGAAUGGCACCGCAGCCCAGCAGUAUGACUUCGACUUCAACGACGAUCGCUCAUGGGGAAAUGCGGACUCUUCCUCUCCUUUGAAUGGUGGACCGAAUACCGAUUUCAAACCAUACGAGAGCUAUCACGACGCUCGUGCAGAGAACUUUGAAGAGCAUAACAGGUCACACAGCAAUGCGGUCCCAGACUUGGUGCGCAUCGACAACGUCGAGCGCUCGAAUGGCCAGCAAUCGCUAGAGGAAGCUAAGUCAAAUGGGCACUGGGAGUAUAGCAAUGGUGGAAGCGGGGAUGAUAUUAUGGCAUCAGGUAACCCAAUGGGUGAGCAUACAUGGACAACGCGAUCAGCGAAUGAUGCAAACACCAGCUUCGAAGCACGGGCAACGAGCACUAGGACGGGCAAUCAGACCGACUACCCGAGCGAGCGAUCCUUCCGCAUUGACAAGUCAAAGAGAUAUGGUCACAGCUCUGUUCAGGAUCGUGUUCGCGAACGGCCUCUUACAGCACAGUCCAGUUCCUCGUUGUCCAGCCCGCCCGAAUCAAGCCUGCUCAACAAAUUCCUGUCAGGGUCACCAGAAGGCAACAACGUGGAAUCUGGCGAUGGUGCUUCGACAAAUCAAAACCGCCUCCAGAUCACACAGCCUGCGAAGACUUCGAUCCUUUCUGGAGCAGGGCUUGAAGUCGUGCGAAUGCGGGAAGAAAACGGUCCGAAGGACGUACUUGGCAAGCUCGAGAAUGGCAUCAAGCGUCAAGCGUCGCUGCUGGUCGAUAGUGCAGACAGUCGAAUCCUGAAGAGACCAAGAGCCGAGGAAAGUUUCGUUCCACAGUCGGAGAGCCUGCGAAGCAGUCGGCCUCCAGCCAUCUUAAUCGAUGUGACAAAUCCUGAUACAGAGCGUGUGUCCUAUUCUGAUGAGCCGGAAAUUGAAGAUUCAAUUCGAAUGAAAUCUUCGACUUCUACGACCACGAAUAGCAAGCCUGUUAGCACAGGUGCGACGCAAAAGGAGGCAAAUCCUUGGAAGGGACCUGGCACGCGUGAGCCGUAUCAUCCUGAAGAAGAUGAACUUCUGUGCCAGCUCAAAGCCGAUGGGCUCAGUUGGGAUGAGAUAGUACCUCAUUUUAACGGGCGUACAAAAGGGUCUCUCCAGGUUCGAUACUCAACCAAAUUUGCUCAUCGUAAGGAGACUGCUGCGGUUGCUAGGCCUGGACGCAAGAAGUCCACCUUACCUAUUCCAACGUUGGAACGAGCUGACUCUUCGGACAAUGUUACCACUGGCCGAGCUAAGCGUGCGAGAAAUGCUGCGCCAUCUGCUGUGGACGGCUUCGUUAGCUGGGCAUCUGUGAAGGCUUCAAGAAGAGAAUCUGCUGCGCUCGCAAAUCCUGAAGAAGAGAAUCUGGCUGAUUCGCCUGAGCCCGUUCUACCGGAUGCUUCAACGCGUCAGGACGGAACUUUCCCAGCGUCAAUAUCACAAGUUCUGCGAUAUCGAGAGCUUGGCUUGAAUGGCCGACGAUUCUGGGGUGCCUCGCCGCGUGCAGUGCGAGACGAUGUGAAGAACCACGUCUACAAAACAUACGCCCUGCAAAAGCAGUACCACGGCACAUCCGGAGACGUGGUAGCUUUGUCGUGGGCACCUGAUGGCGACCGGUUUGCUGCAGGCUCGAUUGCCAUAUCCGACGACAGAAGCAUGCAAUACAACAUGCAGAGAAAUCUCGUCGUUGGCAGCGGCAGUCAAAGCAAACUGCGAGAGAUGACUGAACAUCACAUUCCACGUCCGCUGGUUGAUACGACUGACAAUGUCAACGGACUGCACGCCAUGCGAGCGUCACAAGACUCCAGGCUGUUCAAGACUGUGACAGCGACCGCUUUCUCACCCUCCUCGCCGAGAAAGCUAUACACAACUGGCGAAGACAUGAUGCUAAGGCGGUAUGCUGUCGGCACAGAUGUUAAUGCCGUCAAGUGUCGCUAUGAGAUACAACACCCUGCUCGAGUCGAUCUUUUAGCAGUCAGUUCACCACACGGCAUUGUAGCAACCGGCUGCCACACGGAUAUCAAGAGCGUUCAGCUCUAUCGAUGCCAUGAGAAAGACUAUGAGAGAGGCUCUGUGUUCUCCCCUGGUCGAAGAGAAUUGCAAUCGUCAGUGCCUAUCUAUCCAUCCACACUGAAAUGGGGAAUCGCGUAUCGGCACUGCGCGCUGCUCCUCGCAGGAUUCUGCGGCGACGAGGAGAAGGAGCAUGCAGGCGAAACGUGUUUGUGGGACAUCAAUACUGGUACUGCGAUCCCCAUUCGAGGUGCAACGAGGAAUGUCUUCGACGUUGCUUGGAACCCAAACCCCAGUUCGGCUUCUACAUCUUUUGCCGUUGCGUCCAAACCAAGUUCCCUUUCUGUUGCUAGGAGCACGCGGAGUGUUAUUCAAUGUUUCGCGCCCAACCAACAGGAAGCGCGUAAAGUGCUCACUUGGGAAUGUCCGGCGCCCGACAUAAACGAUGUUGUGUUCUGUCCCUACGAUGACAACUUGAUCGCUGCUGGAGCUACCAAUGGAACUGUAUACAUCUGGGAUCAACGCUCCGCGGACAGGUCACAGAAUCCUUUGCAUAUAUUGCAUCAUGGCGCGACGGAGAACAUCCUCGCCCACGACAGAGAUCCAGAGACAGCCGAUACAGGAGUUCGAUUCCUGUCGUGGGGCGCAACUAAGACAAGACUAUACUCUGGCUCUCACGAUGGAAUUGUCAAAGUAUGGAACCCUUAUCGAUCACCGAACAACGCUCACGUGGAUGACAUUGCGCCUCCGAGGCACGAGAGAUCUGCUGUGAUGUCCGGUACAUUCAAUCAAGAUCACAGGGAGUUGUUGGUGGGAACCGAGAAUGGACGUAUUAACUUGUUUAGCAUUGAGGCAAAUCCGGUCUACAAGGCGCAGCAAUUCAAGCUCGAGACUGCACCUGCGCCAGCAGAGGACGAGCAAGAAGAUUCGUUGGCUCUAGCACGCUCGAUGAUAGACUCAGGCAAGAUCGAAAUUCGCCCUUGUGGUGCAUUGCCCUUCAGGCAAGCUGUCCAAGGACCCAACUAUGAAGGGCCCUUCAUGGCGCCGUCGAGCGAAGAGAUCAACAAAGCUGAAGAGAAAUGCACCGAGGCAAUGAUUGCGCAAAGUGAUGCUCACUUGCGGCAGGCACAGCUGGACCCAGACGAUGAUGCCGAAACUGCGCGAGCCGACAGCAACGCCGUGGCCGCGCAGCGCACUCUGGACGAGCUCAAUCAGCGUCUCGAGCACUUUCACUUCGCACAGCCGAAGGCAGCAGAGUUCCAGCGCGCUCUCUUCCAAGCCGAGCAUGAUCGAGCGGAACUAUUGUCGCAACUGACGGAGCCUGUAGAGGCGUGCACCUUGCCGUGUGGCGUACUUCCGACAGCAGGCGAUGGCGUUGAAGACUCGGGUCGCUCAGUACUGCGAAUCCCUCAGAUGCUCCGAUCGAUCGAGCAGAAUGCGGCUGUGGCCUCUAUUGGCGACGAAGAGUCGGUUGCAGCUUGUGCUUCGUGCUUUCCACUGCAGGCACUCAAGCGAAAGGGGAAGCCUUCUUUCUGCGUCGCAUGCAAACUCAAGAAGGCUGGACUGAUAGUCUCCUGCUCCCGCUGCGCCGGCCCAGCACGAUUACAAACAGACACCAGCAAGGAGACGCUCUGUGAGCGUUGCUCUUUCACAUGUUUUAGAUGCACGCGAACACCCCUGAGCGGCGUCCCCAGCACGCACGCGUCCAACAGACGCAAGAAAUGGAACAAUACGGCGACUUUGGCACGCUCGAGCGAGAGCAUUACGCAUCCCUGUGGCAGGACACAGACGCAUACGCAUACGACAUAA